AUGUUUCUCAAGUCUUUGGAUCUGACCACUGCCCUUCGUCCCUUACUAUCGUCGGAUGAGACUCUCCUCUUCGUGCAGGAUGCGGUGGGGUUGUAUGAAGGAAAGUACAAGAUUCCAAACUAUCAGAACGGCCAUGCAUAUCUCACAUCGCAUCGAGUCUGCUAUGUGGCUGUCGACGAGCCGCGAAAGUACUCGGUCGCCCUUGACUUGAAGGAAAUUGACAGAGCGGAAUAUCAGGCAGGGUUUCUAAAGUCAUCGCCGAAAAUCACUUUGCAUCCGAAGCCAGCAAAGAAGAAUCUCAAAUCAAAGAGCGCAGGAGCCAGUCCGUCGCUCUCACAGUCUCCAGCUCUUUCAUCUGCAAGGCCACAGUCGCCUUCUUCAGUAUUGGAUUCACCUCUUCACAAACCAUUAGCCGCGAAGCUUGUGAAUGCGACCUGGAUCUGUCCGAUAUGCUCCUUCUCUAACCCGGUGCCGUCGAACUUCGAUCCUAGCACAGCUACUGCCUCUACUCACUUACCACCUUGUCUCGCUUGUGGCAUAAAACCUCCCUUUACGACCGUGCUGAAGGCGGCUAUCGCGGCCGCUGCUAGCAACGAGGGCGUUCAGACCAGCACGGUUGCGCACGAAGUCGGCCAUCCUACUAGCAAUGGAAACAGCGACGCAUUCUCAAAGUCCGGUACAUCAAUAUCGUGUCCAAGAUGUACGUUUGUGAACCACCCAUAUCUUCUCGAAUGUGAGAUCUGCGGCGCUCCCCUAGCUGCCGCCAGCCCUCGUGGGCCUUCCACUGGGGAUAGUUACCGCGCAGAGUCCCCAGCACCAGUUUUCGAGCAGGGUAGCAUAAAGAAUACCGAAGUCUUUGAGAUUAUGAAGUUGUCCUUCCGCGGAGGUGGUGAGAAGACUUUCUAUGAAAGGCUAAAAGGUGCCCUCGUUCAGAGAAAGUGGUUACUCUACGACGCGCCGCCUGUGCCGCUGCAGCCGUCGCAGUCUUCAGGGUCGCAUACCCUUGCUAUGCCUGUGGCUGCUGUACAUGACUUUAUACCCCCGCAGCCCCGAUCACCGGCAGUUGGGAUUGCGGGUCUCGAGCAGCGAAGGCUCGAGGCUCGUAGGAACAACGAGGCAGUGAUCGGGAGCUCGUUUGAGGACCUUGAAGCUCUGAUGGCGUCUGCGAAACGCAUAGUCGCGCUAGCGGAAACUCUAGCCAGAGAGUCUGGGAUGACAGGUGGCGAGAACGCUGCAGAAACCAGUGCAGUCCUCUCCGAAUCUGCCGCGGCGCUGGGAAUGAUCACGACUAAGGAUAUGCUUGGGUCUGGUGCCGGGAGCUUAUACCUAUCGGAGCUGUCCCGUAAUUUGGCAGAGUACCUCACUGACGACAGAAAAGGGAUUCUACAGAAGGAAGGUGGCAUCAUGAGCCUUAUUGAUCUCUGGGCAAUCUUCAAUCGGGCACGGAACGGAGUGGAACUUGUUAGUCCCUCUGACUUCCAGAAAGCAGCAGAAUUGUGGGAGAAGCUGAAACUUCCUGUCCGGCUACGUCGUUUUAAGAGUGGCCUGCUUGUCGUCCAGCGGAAUGACUGGAGUGAUGAGAAGACGAUCCGUCAGUUGCAAGAAUGGAUGGAAGAACUACGUCAAGUACCACCAGCGGAACCGGUACCUUGGGAUUGGCGUCAAUUUGGACGUGCUGUGACAGCGCAGGAGGCUGCUCAACGGUUCAAGUGGAGCGUUGGGGUCGCUGCCGAGGAGCUGGAAAUGGCCGAGGACAAAGGAAUACUUUGCCGGGAAGAAGGUCUUGAAGGGCUGAGAUUUUGGUGCAAUCAUUUCUCUUGCGGCUCGAUUGCAGUGGACACUGUGGGUAUGAAAGUGUCGACUUUGACUAUCUAA